UCCAGCGGGAGCUGUUCUGUUGAAAACUUUUCAGUUUUCCUCCCUGCUGUCCCUAGCGUUGCCUCUUGGCUCUCCGUUACCCAGGGUUACCCCAGGAGGACUGUGAUUUGCUGCUGCUACGAAGCCGGGAGGGAGUUUCCACACGUCCUCUGGUGUGUCUGGGUGUGUGAGUCAGAUGCAACGUGUGUGUACGUUGCUUUAAGGCUCAGCUAGCCUUCAUGGGGAGAAUCCACUUUGAGAUCAGAUCAGAGGACACCAGCGAGACUUCUCCUUUUGCAAGCUCUUCAAAGAGCUUUUAGAUGAAAGUCCGGGGCCACUCAGAUGAGCCACAUGACGGAGGAAGAAGUCUAUUCUGAGAAAUGAGGUGGAGAGAGCCGCGCAUGGGAGCUCCAAUCUGAGACCAGACAUUCAGACAGACAGAGAUGGGAAAUUCCGAGAGCCAGUACAGCAUCCAAGGGCCCAAAGGCACCAGCUUUGUCUUCCUUGGGAAACCAAAGCCAUAUCCGCUGAAGCUCCGUUCAGCCAAAGAUGACACUUUGUCACCGCGUACGUGGUGGAAAAGUGCUCCUGUAGGCUCAGGGUACAAGGCAAGGUGUAUUGGCCGUGGCUGUUUGUCCCCUCCUAAAAGCAGACAGCCUUACUCCACGCGGCACUGUGACUUUAUUUCUAAGGGACUCAAGGGCAGUCCAAGUGAGCACCGCUGGCACCGACCCCCCCCUGGAUGUGGCACACGAAGGCGGCAUAUGUCGGAUGAGUACGAUAAUCCUUACGGGGCCGAGCUCAACGUGAACACCCUGGAAAAACACGGUGAUGAACAAGAAGUUUUAGAGGAACAAAGCAGUCCCCGCGUGGUGAUAAAGAAGGACGGCAGUCUCAGGGUGGAGUUCACCAACACCUCGGGUAAUCCCCUCAUCCUGGAUGAGGCCACUGGCCCCGUGCAGCUCCUCAAGUUCUCGCCCAAUGUGGAGUCCGCCUCGACGUCCAGUCUGCCUGGUUCCAGUGGUAGCGGGCUGGACGGCCACCGCUGUGGUCCUCCGCCUGCCUCUACCUCGUCCACAGCCAGGACCAGCAAGGGGAGCUCUCUGAGCUCAGAUGGUUCUUGGUAUGACAGCCCCUGGGGGCCCAGCGCAGAGAUGUGCGAGCAAGACCAACCCUCCUCUGCCGGCAGCACUCAAGUUCAGUCCCCAAUCCACGAACCCGACUCAUUCACCGAGCAAUCUCCUCCCGUAUCUAUCACAGAUUUCUACAGGGACUCCUCAAUGGCUGCCACCUUCCCCACAACCGGCGACUUGUCGUCCCAGUUGCUGGAGCCACCGCCAGGCCGGAGGCCACACCGAGCCUCCUUUGCGUCUGUCCUGGAUGCGCCCUUGGAGGAAGAGUGCUCCGAGGUCCGGCAGUACUCAUCGUACACUCUGCCCUGCCGCAGGCCCAAAGCCCACACCAUGAGUGAGGACCUGGACCAAUACCCUGACCAGGAGCAGCACCAGGAGAAGAGUGUGCCCGAGUUUGGCUCUCAUUACAAGAGAGACUCUAUCAAAAACCGCAUGAGACGCUUCAGUGACUGGACGGGCAGUCUAAGCCGCAAGAAGAGGAAGUCCCUGGAAACCAGGUACAAGGAGAUGAGUGACGCGUUUGACAGUGGAGUCGAUGGCCUCACCGCAGACACCAGCUCUCCCUCCCAGGUCUCCAGCCUGGUCUGGUUCCCCGGUGCGUCCAGGACCCAAUCUUCAGGAGCCAUUCACCAAACAACCAGCGACGCCCUCCGCCAGAACAUUUACGAGAACUUCAUGAGGGAGCUGGACAUGGGCAUUGGACAGGGAGGAGGAGGAGGAGGAGGAGGAGCAGGUGAUACAAAAGACCCAUCUAUCGGCACCGAAGAGGGCGAGAGUAGCAGUGAGUCGGCAGAGGGCUCUCUCGAGGAGCUCGAUCUGCUGUUUGAAAAGGAACAGGGAGUGGUCCGACGGGCCGGCUGGCUUUCUUUUAAACCUCUCGUCACACUGCACAAAGACAGGAAGCUGGAGCUGGUCAGUCGCCGCAAGUGGAAGCAGUACUGGGUGACCCUUAAAGGAUGUACGUUGCUCUUCUAUGAGACCUACGGGAAAGGCUCUUCAGAGCAGGAACUGUCUCCCCGCUACGCUCUCUUGGCCGAGGACAGUAUCGUCCAGGCCGUUCCUGAACAUCCCAAAAAGGAGAACGUCUUCUGCCUUAGCAACUCCUAUGGAGACGUUUACCUCUUUCAGGCCAGCAACCAGACCGACCUGGAGAACUGGGUGACAUCCAUCCACUCUGCCAGCGCCUCACUGCUGGCUAAGCGUCAGGGGAAGGAGGACACCGUGCGUCUGCUGCGGAGCCAGGUCCGCGGUCUGCUGCAGAAGAUCGACAUGGAUGGAAAGAUGAAGAAAAUGGCCGAGCUGCAGCUGACCGUAGUCAAUGACCCGAAGAACCGCAGGGCUAUCGAGAACCAGAUCCAGCAGUGGGAGCAGAAUCUGGAGAGGUUUAAUAUGGACCUCUUCAGGAUGCGCUGCUACCUGGCCAGUCUUCAGGGCGGAGAGCUGCCCAACCCAAAGAGCCUGCUCGCUAUUGCCAGCCGCCCCACCAAGAGCACUCUGGGACGCCUGGGGAUCUUCUCCGUCUCCUCCUUCCACGCACUGAUCUGUUCCAGAGAUGAAGCCACACUCAGGAGGCGCUCCUUCUCCCUGACCUGUAGACAGCGCAAGAGAGGUCUCUUCUCUUCGCUCAAAGGCCUCGACAACCUCACAAAACGAGGCCGGGACAAGAGGCCGUCUGUAUCGCAGAUCUUUGAGGGCGACGCAGGAGGUCAAACAUAUGCGCUGCCUCCUCGGAACACUGAGAGGCUCGAUGUGCUCAACAGUAUUUACUCCAUGUCGCCCCCCGAGGGAGGUGCAUGGGACAGCGCCAGUUGUGCCACAGAUGUCACGCUGUCAUGCGUCUUCAUGCCAGACGGCCUGACAGUCCGGGUUCCCCUCAGAAGAGAGCAGUCAGCCUCCGACCUUCUCUCCGCGGCGUGCAAGGUGAAACGUCUGGACCCGAGUGUGCACUGCCUGCGACGGCACAGACGCGUGGGUCAGGACGUGGAGGUUGGAUUCGUGGCACCUGGAGAGCUCCUCAGCGAUCUGGUCAAUGAACAGUUGGAGGUUUUCCCAGCGAAUGUGUUUACGCUGCACAUGAACAGGCCGAGCAGCACUGGGGACUUUGGAUUUGCAGUCACAGGACACAUCGACAGCCAGAAGAACAGCCGCAUCUUUGUCAGCGAGGUGCUUCCCGAGGGACUCGCCUUUGACGGAGGUUUGCGCCCAGGCGACGAGAUCCUGACGUUAAACGGCCGCUGUGUGUCCGGCCUGGACCUGGCGCUCAUGCAGUCGCUGUUUGCGGAACAGUCCCUGCACCUGAGCCUGAGGCGGGACGGCGCGCGGCUGCCCAGCGUGGCUCCGACCUCCGACCACCCGGCGGUGCCGCCUCAGGAAGUUCGCAGCAAGCACCAACGAGCCAAGUCCUCCUCAGACGUGUGCAGUGCAGCUGAUGGUGUUGGGUCGCCGUGCGUAGGACUGGAGAAUGGUCACUCCCUCUGCAUUCACAGGCCUGUGCAGCACAGCAAGAGUGUGGACACGGUGUGCACUCUUUACCACUCCUCUCAGGAAGGAACAGCCUCAGGUUCAGGUGCCGGGAGCCUAAUGGAGGACACCAAGGAAUCUCGGGUGAGGCAGGGAGUGGAGCUGGGGCCAGGUCCCGCAGGGGCGGCCACCCUGCGUAGACCUUGCCCCAAACACAUGAGCGCCACCGAGAGGUUACGCAAGGUCAUCCAGGAGCUGGUGGACACGGAGAAAUCAUACGUGAAGGACCUGGAGUGUUUGUUUGAGAUCUACUUGAAACCCCUGCAUAAUGAGAGCUUCCUCUCACUGGACGAGAUGGAGAGUCUGUUUGGCAGCCUCCCAGAGAUGCUGGACUUCCAGAGGGUCUUCUUACAGACGCUGGAGGAGAGGAUCGCCUCCUCGCCGGACUUCAGCACCCUGGAGACCCCGUCACAGUUCAAGAAGCUGCUGUUUUCUCUCGGGGGUUCGUUCCUCUACUACGCCGACCACUUCAAGCUUUACAGUGGCUUCUGUGCCAACCACAUCAAGGUCCAGAAGGUCCUGGAGAGAGCUAAGACGGAUCAGGCCUUUAAGGAAUUCCUGGAUGCGAGGAACCCCACCAAGCAGCACUCAUCCACCCUGGAGUCCUACCUGAUUAAGCCGGUGCAGAGGGUGCUCAAGUAUCCGCUGCUGCUCAGGGAGCUGGUGUCGCUCACCGACGCCGACAGCGAGGAACACUACCAUCUCACGGAGGCUCUGAAAGCCAUGGAGAAGGUGGCCAGCCACAUCAACGAGAUGCAGAAGAUCUACGAGGAUUACGGCUCCGUGUUCGAUCAGCUGGUCGCCGAGCAGACUGGUCAUGACAAGGAGGUCACAGAAAUCUCCAUGGGUGAGUUUCUCAUGCAUUCCUCUGUGGUCUGGCUCAACCCACACGCUUCUCUGGGCCGCAUGAGGAAAGACCCCGAAAUGACCGUGUUUGUGUUCAAGAGAGCAGUGAUAUUGGUCUACAGGGAAAACAACAAGGUGAAAAAGAAAAUGGCCAACCCACGUUCAGCACUCUGUCACGGAGAUUCAGACCCGUUUAAGUUCCGCUGGCUCAUCCCGCUGUCGGCGCUGCAAGUCAGAUUGGGAAAUACUGCAGGAACAGGCACAGAAAGCAGCUGCAUCUGGGAGUUGAUUCACUCCAGGUCUGAGGUGAAAGGACGACCGGAGACCGUCUUUCAGCUGUGCAGCAGUUUGCCAGAGAGCAAGGUCAACGUCAUCAAGGUGAUCCGCUCCAUCCUCAGGGAGAACGUGAGGAGGAGCAUGCAGCAGAGGAGCGGUAGAGAGCGUCUGGCCCCUCUGCGCUGCACGCUGCCCUCGUCCGCGAGGCUCGGUUCCUCCAGGGCUUCCUGGUUGUGUAAACAGCCACUCGGAGAUCUCUCCACGCAGACAGGAAGCCCGAAGCCAGGGCCAGACUCAGACGAGGGAAGCCUGAGCAGCGGAACCUUCAGUUUAUCUGGCGCUCCUCCGCCCUGCACCUCCUCCCCCUCCCCUGACUCCCGUGUCCUCCCCGUGCAGGAGACGACUGCGUCCAAUUCACAGCCCCGCUCCUCCUCGUCGGUCAAAGAGUCCGAUAUUUUAAGUGAUGAGGACGACGACGGCUUUAGUGAGGGGGGGACGAGGACGGACAGUGGAGACGGCAGCUCCCCGGCCAGCGCCGUGGAGGCUCAGUUCCUCCAGCUCACUCUUUCAGAGGACGCCGCUUCAGACGCCGCCGCGCUGGCACCCUGUGUCCAACCCGAGGGCGCGGAGGUGGACGACACACCAGAGACGCAACCCAAACUCAUGCGAAGACACUUCAGCGCCAUGAGGAGGAAACCCAACAGUUUCAGGAGCCAGCCGGCGCUGCUGAGCAUGAAGGAGCACAGCAGGUCGCUGGACGGCCAGACCGAGGAGGCCGCGUCCUCUGGCGUGGUCGUGGACCUGAACGCGCUGCUGGAGCGGGAGUUCAGCGUUCAGAGUCUGACGUCUGUCGUCAACGAGGACUUCUUCUUUGACCAAGCUGAGAGCUGUGCCGCUGACUCUGGGAAUCCCACCUCCUCGUAGGGCGCGCGGUGGACGAGACCUAGACCUCACUUCAGAGUGGCCGACCUGAGGCCCUACAUCGUGGUGAUAAGUCAACCGCCACAGAGCUGCAAAUGUCUUGGGAUCAAAGCCCAAUGGCCAAAGAAACACUUUUCCCUCCUCGAGAUGCAAAAAUCGGGCGAUUUCUGCCACGGUGGCGACGACUGCGAUGGCUUUUUCAAGCCCCAGCGUCCACACGUGUCCCCUCAGGAUAGAUUUACAGUCACGUCAGUGCUUUGGAAAGGUUCUGACACAUGGGCUCAAGUUUGAUGAAGAGUUCCUUUUGUGUUUAGGUCGAACAGAACCAAAGACUGUAGGUCACCACUUGCUAUAAAUAUUAUUUUUUUUUAAAUAAUAAAAUAAGGAGCUGUGACGCACGAGUCAGUCUCCCCCGAUAAGGACGUGGGUUUAUACAAACAGGAAGUGGACAGACUUGCAGCACACCCUUUUUUCUUGUGCUAUUUUGUGCACUAAUGUAAACACUGUUUGCCUAUAUAUAUAUUUGAACUGUUUUUUUUAUUAUUUGUACAGGUUUUUAAUGUUAAUAAUGCUGUUUUUUUAAUUUAUUGAUAAUAGGUUGAUUAUGUAAAUCUAAGCAAAGUUACUUUUUGUACGAAGCCUUGACACAGUUGGGUAAAGGUUUGGUCUACCGCAAUUUGGCGUUUAUAUUCGCUUCAUUAAAAAUGUAGCCUACUGAACUUUAAUUAAGAUUGUAAUUUGAAUGUACUCAAAUUGUUUAUUUAGAUCGAUUGAAACUGCAAAAUGUCCAAACCUGAUAUUUCUUUUUUUUGUGUGUUUAUGUCCUGAAUCUCCUCUCUUUUCUAUCUUUGAAUCAUUGAUGUAUUCUCUCUCACAUACUUGACACUGUACAGAUGAGAAGAAAGGCAGGAUUAGCUGAUAUUUUUUGUAAAACCUUGUUUUGCCGUAGCAGUGAGCACACGUUGAGGUUACUACGGCGGCAAAACCACUACACUCUUUCACCUUCUCAGCCGGACUUUAUCACGCCUUUAAUGCUAGAAUACCAAUGAAUGUGAAUGCCCCCAUUAUUCCAUUUUUAUGGAAUCUUUUUUUUUUUAUAAAUAAAAGUUUUAUCUGUGAA